UUCGCGUUUUUCCUUCGAUCCGGUGUGCAUGUGUGUAAAACGGCGAUCCAUCCAGCGCCGAUCGAAUCGAGUCACCUGCGCGUGCUGGUCGUUUAGCCAUUUGUUUUAGCCGCGGCCGACUCGGAUCGGAAUUCCUCUUUUUUUUUUUCGAACUGGCGUGCUCCUCCAGGUGGAAAUCCGGGGAUUUCGUCGUAGGUAUUGAUAAAACUUGAUCGUGUGAAUAUGGGUGCGUGAAGUAUUAGCUUAUUGUGGAUUUUUUUUCGAUUGGAAUUUGGAGUACUAUCAUACGGUCUUUGCUUGAUGAGCAACAUGAUGGCGAUGGAGUACCCGAUGAACAACCACCGGCAGCACAAGUACGCCUGCUCGACGAUGUCGUCGGAGACGAUGAGCGGCAGCUGCGGCAGCAGGAACAACAGGAUCCGGACGAUCAGGCUGAUGAAGCGCAGCAACAACGGCCUGUCGUUGGGCGGCAGGAACGCGCCCAGCUUGGGCUUCAGCAUCCGGGGCGGGCACGAGCACGGUACCGGGUUCUUCGUGUCGCACGUGGAAGUCGGCUCCGAGGCGUACUUGCAAGGACUCAAGGUCGGAGAUCAAAUCGUCAGAAUUAAUGGCUUCACCGUCGAAGACGCCGUCCACAAGGAGGUUCUACAAUUGAUUUCUGCUCAUACGCACCUCACGCUCAAAGUUAGAAGUGUGGGCAUGAUUCCAGUUAAGGACAAGAAAACCGACAGUUUGAGCUGGCAAAUCGUCACCGACACCACCGCAUCCUCGCCCAGAUCCUCACCGCAAUUCGUCGAAAAAAAUCGAGACGUCCGCAUAAAUAUAAUGGUCGCCCCUCGCUCGAAACUCGGUUGUGGGAUUUGCAAAGGUCCAGAGUACAAGCCGGGAAUAUUCGUGCAAUUCACCAAGGAAGGGGGCAUAGCGAGGGAAGCUGGACUUCGACCGGGCGACCAGAUCCUCCAGUGCAACAACGUGGAUUUCUCCGACAUACCGUUCAACGAGGCCGUUAACAUUAUGAAGAACUCCCGCCAGUUGGAGUUGAUCGUGAGGAAGGCGGCGGCUUCCGAGCUGUUUCCCGGAGAAUCGAGCGGUUACAACAGCUCGGCCAGCUCGGUGACCGAGGACCAGAGCUCCUCGUGGGGCGAUUCCAAGCGCUUGUCCAUCGUUAAGGAGGAGAAUCAGAAUUUAGACGACAGAUUACACACUAGAAGUUCAUCGACGAGUAUAAGUUGGUCUUUGACCGAUUGGGAGGAGGAACAGCAGGAGAAAAAUGUUUACAAACCUACCGUUAUUUCUAUCAAUUUAUCGGAAAACGGUAACACUAUAAACAACGGAGCGGAAUAUCACAACAGAUACGAAAAUCCAGAAACUGAUAAAGUGCAGGAUCAGAAAGAGAGCAAAGUUGUCGUGGAAGUACACAGAACGAACGAAGACGACCAACCUGACUGCUUCAACAGACUAACUAAAAGCUCUUCUAACAGCAGCUUAGCCAGCAAGACCAGCAUGGCUAGCAGCAGCUUAUCAUCGGCCAUAUCCAUGGAGCUCAAACGACGAUCGGAAAAAAAAGCGACCAAAACCAACGAAGAGACCAUCGACGAUCAAAUCCAAAAGAAGAAACUCAUACGCGGCUUAAGCUCAGACCAGCAAUUCCAGCACACUAAAUUAAUGAACGAAUUCAAGCAAGUCCAUCAGAAGAUGUUCAAAUCACCGCCUGCUAACCAACCGGAAACCAAACCAACCCAAAAUACAAUGCAACGAUUGGCUCACAAGGAGCUCUCCCAGAAACUCUCCGACCGUUUGCUCAAUUUAGCUAAUAGUGAAAACAAUCGACCGAACGAACCUGUUUCGCCGCCACCUCCACCGCCCCCACCUCCAACUGCCGAGAGUACGCCCGCAGAACCACGACCGAAACUCCCAAUGCAACAGAACCCUUCCAAGCCAAAAGCCCCUCCAGUGCCAAUAAAACGAUCGGUCUUAUCCACCCACCAGCCCCCGCCUUGUCCAACCCCCGACUACGAUACGCUGAGCAUAUCCUCAUCCACGUCCACCAUCAAGCACAAAGCGUUCCACGAACGGGUCGAGAUGGAUUCCCUGGAGUCCAUCAAAAUCAACAACCCUUCCAAAGUCACCCCCAAGCCGCCCAACACCUACUUCCCCAAGAGGAACGUCUGUUCGAAGCUGUCCAACGGCUCGGAGAAGGCCAAAUCCGUGAACGUGAGCAUCGGAGAAUACGCUAAAGUGAAGAACCCGCCGGGGAAACUGAAUUUCCUAUCUGCUAACAGAAACACCGCGGAUUUCUCGGGCGGAUUGGCCUCGGAAUUGAGCCAAAUGCUGAACAAAUCGAAUUUGAAGAAACGCACCGAAUCGAUGGAUAACCUACUGCACGAUUCCCAAAUUCGGCCUCAGAGCAACGGUACAGUCAGGAUAUCAGUGAGCAACUUGGCGAAGGAAUUUGCGAAAUCGACGAAUGACUUGAAUCGGGAUUACGAUGUACCGGCUAAACCGGGAAAUAGGAUAACUAUCAAUGUCAAUCAAUUAGGAGGAUAGAAAAAUUAUUUCGGACGAAUUCGUCGCUAUCUACCCAGUCAAGUGCAAAUAAACCGAUUAUUUCGAAUAAUGGUCAUUAUAUUUAGUUUAACUUGUUUCGUUAUAUUUUUAUUUAUAUCUCUAUACUUAUUUCUAUUGUACCUAAUUUGUACGUUUUAAUAAAACAUUUAUACUGGU